UAAGUGUGUCAGUAAGUAAGUGAGUGUGUGUGUCGGCUGCCUUCCUGGUCCAUCCUCCCGAUCUGCUCCAAAUCCUGACCAUCCUUCAGAUCCUCUACGCCAGAUCACCACGGCUCAUCACCGCCAACGCCAGCUCCGUUGCUUCCCACUCCGCCCGCUCCGUCUCUGGAACCCGCGGGCCACCGUUUUACCGCUUACUCGCGCCCGCCCUGCCUCGCAUUCUCCGUCCGAACACGGCCGUCUUAGCCCGUGAAUGCCGCCCAUUGGAGCGCUUGGCCCAGUGCGCGCAGGAUUGAGACUGGCCCACUGACUUCCGGUGACCAGGCCAGCCGACGACGUGGGGGUUGAGCGGUGUGGGGUGGGCCCUUCCCGAUCCGAUCACAGGAUGGCGUGUUUGGGCGUGUUGAAGCAAGAGAUCCAGGCGGUGAGCGCGGGCUUUCCGUCGGAUCACGGCCGGUUUGCCAUCACCAGCGCCACGGUGGACGAGCUCACGUGUCGCUUCAUCGAUCAUCAGGGCAAAAAGCACGUGAUUCACGCCAAUAUCACCGAGACGUAUCCGAGUACGCCGCCCGUGUGGUUUUCCGAGAGCGAGGACAGUCAGGUGACAGUGGCGCUCACGGGCCUCUCGGAGACCUCGGGUUUAGACAAUCACCUUCUGCAUCAAGUCAGACGACUGAUUCGCCAGUUGUGCGCGGCUUUUUCUGUACCCGAACCGCCCGAACUCAAACGCUUGGACGAGGGCUACUACAAUCCCGCUCCACCCGCUGGUGCGGCGGCGGACGGGGGCGGGCCUCACUCUCAUCACGCCAAACAUCACCAUCACGCGCACUUAGGCGCCGGCUCCUCGUCGGCCUCCCACCAUGCGGCCAAAGAUGCCAUGGCUUCGAGUGACGAUGACCUCAUGGAAGACGAAGAGGAAGACUCCGAAGACGAGGACGAGAUCGCCUUGGACAUGGAGGACGUCGAGAACGUGUCCAAAAAGGCCCGACAAGAAGAAGAAAUUCAUUCAGAGCACGUGCAAGUUCUAGAACGGUUAAAAGCAAAACAAAGGGGUGAUUACUUGAAAGGGACCGUAUCCGGCUCCGUGCAAGCCACCGAUCGACUGAUGAAGGAGUUGCGUGACAUCUACAAGUCGCCCAGCUUCAAAUCCGGCUCCUAUCAAGUUGAAUUGGUCAAUGACUCCCUCUACGAAUGGAAUGUCAAGAUCAUGCGCGUCGAUCCCGAUUCACCGCUCGCCGAUGAUUUGCGAAAGUUAAAGGAAAAAGAGGGCAAAGACCAUAUUCUUCUUUCGUUUAUGUUCAAGGACACAUUCCCUUUUGACCCGCCCUUUGUUCGCAUGGUCCACCCCGUCCUUCAUGGUGGUUACGUCUUGGACGGUGGGGCCCUCUGCAUGGAAUUGAUGACCCCCCAAGGUUGGUCAUCCGCAUACACGGUGGAAGCUGUCAUAAUGCAGCUCUCGGCCACUUUGGUCAAAGGCAAAGCCAGAAUUAAAUUCGAUGCACCUAGGGGGACUUACAGUUUAGCUCGAGCCCAACAAUCUUUCCGAUCUUUGGUUCACAUUCAUGAGAAGAAUGGAUGGUUCACUCCCCCUCAGGCAGAUGGCUGAUUUUUAUUUGUGCUUGAUGACUCCCAAUUCCGCAUAUUUGGUUAUUUAAUAAAGGGACUCGGUCUCAAUUUUCCUCUGAAA